CGAGCCACCAUUUAUAGUGUAAUUUCUCCAAAUUACCGACUAAAUUCAAGUAAAAUGGACUGACACAGACCUUCCUUAACUCCGGGACCCCAACUCCACUCAUGUUCGCUAUUUUCGAGACCAUUUAUACUAUUAAAGUGUUCAGGGGGUUCCCGGCACACCUAAAAAAUAGUUGCAGUUUCAUUACCGACAGAAUACCCAUAUUAUGCCUUAGGAAUUAUUCGGAUACCUCGAAGAGUGAUAGCAAGAAAGCUAUUGUGAAAGUACAAGGUACAGAAACUGAGCAGCGUCUCCGCGUCCGCUUAGCCCGCCCCUCCGAUGUGCCAAGAGUGUUGAAGUUCGUUCGCGACCAUGUUCGCGUGUGGCCCGGCCCGCUCACGCCCAAUAGUCUCAUACUGAACGACUACGUUGCUAGGACUUUAGCUCAAGGUCAUUCUAUGCUAGCGGAGCAAACUCCAAACGCGACUCGCUCCGAAAUCCUCGGCCUGGCCCUCGCCGCAGCCAUACGCUCCUGGGACGCUGACAUCCUGGAGCGAUGGGCGAACUGUAUAAGAUGCAAGCGUUCGAAACGUCUGAUCAACUUCACUGCGCACUGCCUGAGAGCGCCGAAAUUACAUGAGAAUUUUGAAGUGGAUAGAAUUCUACAGGUGACCCUUAUAGUGCCGCCAGACAAGCCGAAGAGUGCAGAAAUAGCCCAAGCUUUAGCCAAGAAUGCCAUCAAGCGCGGAAAGGACUCUGGCUUCCCGCUGGUACGGUUUGAUGUCAGUAAAGAUUCUGAAGCUAAAUCUUUGGAAGAACUUAACCUGAAGAAAGUAUGGUUUGUGUCGUACAGGAUCGUAGACGUGGCUCUAAAGGAGGAUGCCCAAGUGUGCAAGGAGAACACAAAUAAGGAUGAAUCAAAAAUUGUCUCGUCUGGAAACUUCGUAUCUGUAUACACCAUCAAGCCCUGACACAGAUGACCCCCGAUAGAGUAAGCAAAUGGAACCAAAUGCAGUAAAUCUACAGCAAUUCACAAUCAAAGUCACUACGUAAAUUAAUAGCCACCAUUUUAAUUGGUGGCUUUAUGACGGCUUGCUAAUA